CGCGCGGGGGGGCGUGGCCAGCAGGGCCUGAGGGUCCGCGGGCGGUGGGUCCGCGCACGGGGCACCAUGAACGGCACCGGCAACAGCGGCGGCUCCGGGGCGGCCGAGAGAGAGGAGUUCGCCACCUUCUUCCCGCAGAUCGUCCGCGACCUCACGGAGGAUGGGCUGGGCCACCCGGAGGUGGGGGACGCCGUGGCGAGGCUCAAGGAGGUGCUGGAGUACAACGUGCCCGGCGGGAAGUGCAACCGCGGGAUGACGGUGGUCGCCGCGUUCCGGCAGCUGGCGGGGCCGGAGCAGCGGGACCCCGAGAGCCUCCGCUGCGCCCUGGCCGUGGGCUGGUGCAUCGAGCUGUUCCAAGCCUUUUUCCUGGUGGCCGACGACAUCAUGGACGAGUCCCUGACCCGCCGCGGGCACCCCUGCUGGUACAAGAGGGAGGGGAUCGGGUUGGAUGCCAUCAAUGACGCCUUCCUCCUGGAGUCCUCGGUGUACCGGCUGCUGAAGAAGUACUGUGGGGACAAGCCCUACUACCUGCACCUGCUGGAGCUCUUCCUGCAGACGGGCUACCAGACAGAGCUGGGGCAGAUGCUGGACCUCAUCACUGCUCCUGUGUCCCGGGUGGAUUUGAGCCGCUUCAGCGAGCAGCGGUACAAGGCCAUUGUGAAGUACAAGACGGCGUUUUACUCCUUCUACCUCCCCGUGGCCGCCGCCAUGUACAUGGUUGGUAUCGACAGCAAGGAGGAGCACGACAACGCCAAAGCCAUCCUGCUGGAGAUGGGGGAAUACUUCCAGAUCCAGGAUGAUUACCUGGACUGCUACGGGGACCCUGCCCUGACAGGGAAGGUCGGCACCGACAUCCAGGACAACAAGUGCAGCUGGUUGGUGGUGGAGUGUCUGCGCCGGGUCACGCCGGAGCAGCGGCGGAUCCUGGAGGAGAAUUAUGGCUGCAAGGAGCCCGAGAAGGUGGCCAAGGUGAAGGAGCUCUACAGUGCCCUGGGCAUGGAGGCGGCUUUCCGGGAGUAUGAGGAGCGCAGCUACCGGCGGCUGCAGGAGCUGAUCGGGCAGCACGCCCGGCGCCUGCCCCGGGACAUCUUCCUGGGCCUCGCCCAGAAGAUCUACAAGCGGCAGAAAUGAUGGGGGGGGGCCUGGCCGGGGGCUGCCGGGCCUUUGCUGGGGGGGGGGGGGGAGGCGUCACCCCCCGCCUGGAGCUGCUCCGUGCCCUGGGUGGGGCCGGGGGCGGGUUGUAGAGGGUGCGAUGGGAUGGCCGGGGGGGGGUUCAUCGAUCACCCCCCCCGCCCGUGUGUGUCAAUAAACAUAAGUUAUUGUGGGUG